UAUUCACUCACAUAACUGAAUAAAAAAGAAAAGCAAAAAGAAGCACCACCAAACAUCAGCACAUUCUUCUAUAGAGACAAACGAAACACAUCUCUAGAGAGAGAGAGACACACACACUUGGUUUGCUCACAUUUUCAGUUAAUCAGUUGCAUUGAUCGUACAAUGAGCAGCAGUUGAGAGAGAUCUUGUUUUAUGACCGUCUGAUCCUGUUCAUUUUUAUCAAGAUGGGGAGCGUGUCUUCUGAUGAUGAUGGAGGUGGUAGUGAGAGGUGUGGGAGUUAUAGUUUGAGUGCUGACGUCAGCGAGUCUGAAAGUUGUACCAGUACGAGUAGUUUCUCGUGUCGGCGAGGGUUUGGUCGUGAUGGCGGCGGCGGCGGCGCUGUGUCGAGUUCGAUGACCUCAUCUCCGCGUCCGCUGCCUGGAGGUUUCUGUUUCCCGGCGCCGGUUAUGGUUCCGGUUAUUGGCGGUAAGGAUGUGGUGGUUUGGGACUCGAAGAACGAGAAACGAGGGGACGCUGAUUUGUCUGAGGUUGAAAUGAUGAAAGAAAGAUUUGCUAAGCUGCUUCUAGGAGAGGACAUGUCUGGUGGUGGUAAAGGAGUCUGUACUGCACUCGCCAUCUCAAAUGCCAUCACAAAUCUAUCUGCCACUGUUUUCGGCGAGUUGUGGAGGUUGGAGCCAUUGGCGCUGCAAAAGAAGUCCAUGUGGAAAAGGGAAAUGGAAUGGUUGUUAUGUGUUAGUGAUUCGAUUGUUGAGCUUGUACCUUCGAUACAACAAUUUCCUGGUGGGGGAACUUAUGAGGUUAUGGCAACUAGACCACGCUCGGAUUUAUAUGUGAAUCUGCCUGCACUCAAGAAGCUUGAUGCUAUGUUGAUUACUAUGCUUGAUGGUUUUAGUGAAACGGAGUUUUGGUAUGUUGAUCGGGGGAUAGUUGUGGGUGAUGGUGGUGGCUGUGAUACAUAUCCAUCGGGUAUUUCUGGUGGGAGGCCUUCUAUUAGGCAGGAAGACAAAUGGUGGUUGCCGUGUCCAAAAGUGCCACCAGAUGGGUUGUCAGAAGAUGCGAGGAAGAGGUUGCAGCAGUGCAGAGAUUGCACCAAUCAGAUAUUGAAGGCAGCAAUGGCUAUUAAUAGCAGCGUGCUGGUUGAGAUGGAAAUACCCACUGCUUAUAUGGAGACCUUGCCCAAGAAUGGAAAAGCUUGCCUUGGUGAUAUCAUCUACCGCUACAUAACUGCUGAGAAGUUCUCACCUGAAUGUCUCCUAGAUUGCCUUGACCUCUCAACAGAGCAUCAUACUCUGGAAAUAGCAAACAGAGUUGAGGCAGCAGUGCAUAUCUGGAAGCAGAAAGAUCAUAGAAAACAUAUCCAUAACAAAAAUAUUAAGCACUCGUCAUGGGGUGGCAAGGUCAAGGGCUUCGUUGCAGAUACACACAAGAAUCAGAUUUUGGCCCAACGAGCUGAAACUCUCCUGCAGAGCUUAAGGCUUCGUUACCCUGGCCUCCCACAAACAGCUUUGGACAUGAACAAGAUUCAAUAUAACAAGGAUGUUGGGCAGUCAAUUCUUGAAAGCUACUCGAGAGUUACGGAGAGCUUGGCCUUCAACAUUAUGGCAAGGAUAGAUGAUGUUCUUUUUGUUGAUGAUGCCACAAAGCAAUGUGCUGCAGCAGAAUCCAUAUCCCUCUUCAACAGAGGAGGAUUAGGAGGCCACCCUAUCCAGAAGCGAAUGUCUCCUAGCCCCUUCUCAAUCAAACAAAGCCCCUUUGCCUCUCCGUAUGGAACCCCAACUUAUUUUGCUUCUACUCCAGUUUCCGGAAGCCCAGCAAGGGUGCCACCUUCUCAAAAGAGGGGCAAUCCUAAGGAAGCAUCCGAUCAAAAGUUUGAAAAACCGUUGUCACCUGACUUAGAGAGGGUUUGGUCAUAUGCUGGCAACAUCAGUUCAAGAAGAGUUUCUGGGGAUGCUCCUGAACGAGAUUGACUUCGAAGCUCUCACCACCCCACCCUGGGUGAGAUUGCCUACCGUUGUAUUAAUGCUAUCAAAGAAAUGCAUUAUCGUGAUCUGGAAGCCUCCUUGCAUAGGAGUUUGUAGGAUUCAUAUCUAGCCUUGUAUAUUGUUUAGCAAUAGAAAGAUCAUGCUCCAAAUCUUCUAUCACGCCCUUUUGAAUUAAGCUGGAAUUGAGGGAAUAUUACUUUUAUCUAUGUCAAGGAAAAAAAAAUUAUGCUC